AACGUAGCGUACGCACAAUCCUACAUCGGCAGCCUGCGCGAACGCAGGGCUAGACCAAUCUCAUAGAUCGGUCAUACUGAUCGGUCAACAAAGCGUGCCAUUUUAACAAUAAUCUUGUACUCGCCAAUUUUAUAAUAUUUAAAAAUUAAAUCGUGAAUACGUGCAUUAACUCUGAAAAAAAUUAAAUCAGUUUUCAGUAUUGGAAAAUUUUAGUGAACGUGAAAAGGGGUGUGAGAACUGUGAGAUUGCAAAUUCAGCGAAAAAACGUCUUCGUUUUAUUGGUUUGGCCAAAAUGCCGACAGAGGUGGUGUUCGGCGUGAACGAGAAAUGGCGUAUCAACCGCAACAUCUUUGUGCUGGGGUUCGCGUUCAUGGUGCAGUUCACCGCCUUCCAUGGCGCGGCGAAUUUGCAGAGCUCCGUCAAUAGUGAUGCCGGCGCUGGAGCGUUUACCCUGGCUGCGAUAUAUUUCUCUCUGAUAUUGUCGAAUAUACUACUACCAGCUGUAGUUAUCAGAUGGCUGGGCUGCAAAUGGACAGUGACCCUAUCCUUUCUAGCGUAUAUGCCGUUCAUAGCGGCGCAGUUCUACCCACGGCUCUACACUCUGGUACCAGCUGGCAUGAUGGUCGGCUUCGGCGGCGGGCCGCUAUGGUGUGCCAAGUGCACCUACCUGUCCGUGGUAGCGGAGCCGUAUGCACGGCUGUCGGGGGUCCCAGCAGACGUGCUUGUGGUGCGGUUCUUCGGGCUCUUCUUCAUGUUCUACCAGAUGGCGCAAAUCUGGGGCAACCUCAUCUCUUCAGCCGUUUUGUCCUCAUCGCUGGGUGACGUAGUUUCAUAUGCCAACGAGACCUUAGCGCCGACCUCAGCAGCGUUGGUCAGCAACAUCACUUCAACCAAAGUGGACUUCGGGUCCACCUGUGGAGUCAACUUCUGUAGUGGGAGUGAGGCUCAUGGGAACGCGAACCUUCAACCACCAUCGCCUCUAAAGAUCCAAGUGAUAUCCGGUGCGUACCUGGCGUGUAUGGCGUUCGCCGUCAUCUUGGUUGCUUUUGGCGUAGACUCCCUCAAAAGGUAUAGCACCAAAAGAUCGUGUGAAGGCAAGUCUGGACUGAAGCUUCUGGCGGUGACGCUCAAGCAACUCCGACACCGCUACCAGCUUCUUUUACUGCCCGUCAUCGGAUACAUCGGUGCCGAGCAGGCGUUCAUGGCUGCAGACUUUACACAGGCGUUCGUUGGCUGCGCAUACGGCAUCAGCAACAUCGGCUACGUGAUCAUCUGCUUCGGCGUGUUCAACGCGCUCGCGGCGCCCAUCGCCGGUGCCGUCGUUAAGCUGACGGGACGGUACCCCGUCAUGGUCACUGCUUUGUUGCUAAACAUCGUUCUGCUGACUGCGUUGAUUCUCUGGCGGCCGGACCCUGAGAACUGGCUGGUGUUCUACCUCCUGGCUGCUAUAUGGGGCACUGCGGAUGCUGUGUGGCUUGUGCAGGUCAAUGCUCUGUCUGGAAUAUUGUUCCCUGGCAAUGAAGAAGCCGCGUAUUCCAACUUCAGGCUUUGGGAGGCCACCGGCAGUGUUCUAUCCUAUGCCACGGCGCCAUAUCUUUGCGUAAGGACGAGGUUAUACGUCCUGGUAGGCUUCCUACUCCUGGGUUUCGCCGGCUACACCACCAUCGAGCUGAUGGAGUACCGCGUCAAGCGCGCGCACCAGCUCGAGAGGAACUUCCAACUUGUUGAUAAGAAGGAGGACGAUUGAGGCUGCAAUCAUAACUAAUGUCGGCCACACACACUCGUCAAGAGACGCCGAGAAUGCCGAGAACGAGUGUGUACAGUCAACUAUACCUACCCCUGCAUACAUAUUUGCAUGCAGGGAUGCUAAGCUAAUAGUGUUACUGAAUGAAUAUACAAAAUAAUAAUAAUAAUAAUGCUCCCUUCUCGGUUAGUCGGUUUUUGGUCGAGAGUCGAGACUUUCUUACACACUCGGGGCAUAAAGGGUAUUCGGGUCACAUUGAACCCUAAUAUCGGAUAAUUCUGAAAAUCGACUCUGAGAUGAUAGAAUUAAGUGUCAUUGGGAAUGAAGGGAGAAAAAGUACAAAACUUUUAUUAUCAAAAAUAAACGUACUACUUCCCCUGGACAACUAACCGUAACCUUGGCAACGAGUGACACUUAUUAGUAGAUUCAACCUUGUAUCUAAAAUAUUAUUAUAAUAUAGUACUAGCGAUUAGUAUUUAUAGUAAUAGAGAUUGCUAGUGAUUUAAAUAUAUCAUAAUUGUUGUUUCUGUAAUAUACUUAGUAAGGUAAUUUUUUUAAGUUUAUUUUCAAAUUAACUUUAAGACGGUAAAAUAAGUGUAUAUUUUUUUGUAGGAAAACAAGAAUAAACAACAUAAAUAUCUCAA